UAAUGUUUAAUGUUGCCUGAUGACGCUAAUUAUUUCUGCCUUUACCUAGAAGUUAUUGCUUCUGUGUUCUACUACCAAGUAGCUGUGGUCGGCUUAUAUUGAUUAAUUGCACGACGUUGAGCAACUUUCCUGAUUCAUUUAUUUUUACAUUUUUAUAUACUCAACAUGUCGGGAAUACCACCAGAUACCUGGCAGCCGCCAACAGUGAGCCUAGAAACAACAAUGGGCACAUUUGUAGUGGAACUGUACUGGAGACAUGCUCCUAAGACCUGCAAAAAUUUUGCUGAGUUGGCAAGAAGAGGUUACUAUAACAACACCAAGUUUCAUCGUGUCAUUAAGGACUUCAUGGUGCAGGGAGGAGACCCUACAGGGACAGGUCGUGGCGGUGCCUCCAUAUUUGGCAAACAGUUUGAAGAUGAACUUCACCCUGAAUUAAAAUUCACAGGUGCAGGGAUCCUAGCUAUGGCCAAUGCUGGACCAGACACCAAUGGAAGCCAGUUCUUCCUGACCCUAGGGCCUACUCAGUGGUUGGAUGGGAAGCACAGUAUCUUUGGGAGAGUGUGCCAAGGCAUGGCGGUGGUCAACCGCAUUGGCAUGGUAGAGACAAACACGCAGGACAGACCUGCUGAAGACAUCAAAAUCCUCAGGACCACUGUGCCCAACUGAGACUCAUACAAAAUCCUCAGGACCACUGUGCACAACUAAGACUCAUACAACCAGUGGCUGAUUUACUAUAUUUUUUUUGUACAGUGAUUUUGUAAUAAAAAAUACAGAUUUUU